AUGACCUCGGCGGCAGCUCGCUGCUUCCAAGAGGAUGCCGCAUGCUCAAUUAUCGAUGAGGGCGUCGUUUUCAGGCUGCUUUCAACGGGACACAAUGACCCAACCGAAGUCGAAGCGUGCUGCAAGGAGUCUAUCGAGUUGGAUAAGCUUAUGCUUUUCCUAGGCCGUGCGCUGCUUCUUACAAGGCAUACUCUAUAUGUACUGUUGUGCAUGCCUGCAGCUGCACACAGAAAUGUGUCUUCAAGCGCUUUCGAAGUAUCUGGCCCUUCAGGGCGUGAUGGUUUGUAUGGAGAUGCAGCCUCAUUUGUUACGUGCGGACAGCGUAUGUGGCAUCUGAUUGCAAGCCUGAGCGCUAAACUUGGAAAUUUAGCUCGUUAUCUCCAGCUGAUAUCCGUCCCUAUUGUGAUUCCCUGGGAAACUGGGGAGCCGUCACACAGGGGAGUGUUGCCGAGCGCCGCGGUUCAGAAUGGCACUCAGUGGGUGCGCCGCGCAAGAGAGGCAGUGCUACGCCACCACCAACUAACAGUAGGGGGCAAACUCUUUUGGAAGUGGUCACGUGAAACUACGCAUGAAUAUGUGGUCCCUCUUGUCGUGGACAGUACAUGCACGCUAACCAGUGCUGCAGCCCGUGACCUGUGGCCCAGGCACUGUUGCUUGGGACCCCUGGAUUCUCUUCCGUUAUGCCAAGUUGAGCAAGUAGGGUCCUUUGGAACGGAUGAACAGGAGCUGUCGUCAGUACAGGACUUACAUUCACCGACUGCUCCCCCGUUUGAUUACACGCUCGCUGCUGGAACAUUCGAUCGCUUGCAUGCCGGACACCAGCUGCUCUUGGCGGCCGCAGCGCUAAGCACUCGCCGAAAUAUUGGCAUCGCUGUGGCAUCUGGCCCUUUGGUCAAGAAAAAAGCAGCAUCUCUCGAGGAUGUAGCAGCAGCUGGUAUUGAGCCGUUUGUUUAUAGACUUCAGGCAGCCGUUGCGUUUGUGCAGCUGCUGGCAGCAGCCAGGGGAGCUGGGGUAUCUUUAAAGGGCUUCAGUGAAGCAAUUGAAGAGGAAGAAAGAGCCAUUUCAGCGGAGCUACAGUUCCCGGGCUGCAUGACUGGCGUGUCCAAUAAUUUUGGCUAUGGAUUGAGACUACUACCUGACGCCAACAGACGAACCCCUGAGGCACUAACCUCUGAAGAAAAGUUGUCACUGCGGGUCUUUCGGAUCUCGGAUGCGAUAGGUCCAGCUGACCGGCUGGUGUUUGACUGCUUAGUCGUGUCACCAGAGACAUUGAAGGGAGCCGACAUGGUCAACAGCAUCCGCAAGGAGGCUGGAAACAAACCAGUGUUUGUGCUUACAAUCGGACUCGUGCCCACAGAUAUGCGCGUGUCUAGUCACACUGCUGUAGCACUCGCAGCGCAUCUGCCGUUCCCCCACGAUCAGCAAGCACCUCUGUCUAGACUGGCAACUGAGUUUCACAGGUCAGCCCAGGUUGACACCCUGGAAGAGGCUUUUCCAGAGGCGCAAAGUAUUGUUGCGGAAGCGGGGAAGGGACACAUGCAACGUAGCGUUUUGCGGGAAAGCCAGAAAUCUUCGAACGCUUCGGCGGAGACGCUUUUGAAAAAACUCAGCUCCACUGAGCUGCGGCAACUGCAAGCAAAGCGCUUGCGCUGUGGAUCUACUUCAGAGUUGUUGAUGCGCUUUCGAAAAGCUUGGGUUUGGCUGGAAGGAAGUGAAGGCGAUAAGGGCAUUGCUGGGGGGGAGUUUUUCGCCAUGUUCUGGAGCACGUUGUGCGCUGAGCAUGCUGCCCCCUGGAGGAGGCUUUGCACUUUGGAUCGUGUGGCGCGGAUUCUCAAGUUCCUGGACGACGUCGAGACGUGUGCACAGACCGAACCGCUUGUGCUAAGUUCGUUUUUUGGCUCGCUUCUGUCUUGUCCCUGCAGUUAUAUCGAGCUGGCAUCCGUUCCUUGCGAGGAUUCGCAAAUCACAGCAUUAAUGGGAAAUGAGAGCGCUACGAAAUGCACUGUGGCGAACUGGACUCCGGAAACUGAAGAAGUGGCGUGGCAGAAGUCUGCGGUCAACCUGUUGGCCGAACUCCAGCUUAGAUCUGGAGGGAAAGGGUCAUGCGCCGCAGCUUCAAGUAGUCACGGAGCAACGGGACUGGCGCCGGCAUGUGCAAGCCUCCCUGAAUAUAGAGACGUUAUGCUGGAGGAACGCUACUCUUUGCUUUUGAGCCUCAUGCAGGAGCAACGCGCCGCCACCCUUGCAAAAUUGGCGCCAGUCGUACAACGAAAGAAUGCAUGGAGUCAAACCACCGAUGCGAAUCUCAGUGCGUAUGAAACCGGUGACUUGAUGCGGCAGGCACGCCGGCUUGAGCAGCUAGAAUAUGCCGAAACUUCCACGGACCUGGCAAACCGGCUGCAGAGUUUGCGAGAAGAAUACUUUUUUGUCAGCGACGACUGUUUCAGGAGACACCGAAAGAGGCAGCUAGAGCGCUUGCUGGAUGAUGCGGAUUGCCUCGACUGCCUGAGUAACGAAGAGAUAUUGAGCGCUCGAGCGGCCAUUGAACAAGAGCUGCAAAUGUUAUAA